AUGUUUUCACAUGUGCUUAUCUGUCCAAAGCGCGAAGUUAAGCGUUUUCUUGAUCUAACUGCUGAGGAGACUUCUGAUUUAUGGCUCACUGCACAAAAAGUCGGCAGGCAGCUUGAGAGCUACCACAAGGCUUCAUCACUCACUUUGGCCAUCCAAGAUGGGCCCCAAGCAGGACAGACAGUACCUCAUGUUCACAUUCACGUUGUCCCGCGGAAAGGUGGUGAUUUUGAGAAGAAUGAUGAGAUAUAUGAUGCAAUGGAUGAAAAGGAGAAGGAAUUGAAGGAAAAACUUGAUUUGGACAAGGAGAGGAAAGACAGGAGUGCGGAAGAGAUGUCACAAGAGGCAGAGGAAUACAGAAAACUUUUCUUGUAA